GGCCAAAUAAGUUUGGACCGCGGGACGAAGACGAAAGCGGAAUUACGAUCAUUGAAAUCAAGGACAGCCAGGUGUCGCAUAAGAGUUCGAGCGUUAUCUCGUACGACUCCAUCUAUCUGUCGUCGGAAAGCGACGAGAAGGAGCUGCUGGAUGAGCAACCAUCGACACCGACCGAGGACCCACAAAGACGGCGUGGCAAAGAGGCACUGAUUGAGGCUCAGUUUGAAGAAUACGAAGAAUUGUUCCACGAGGUUGACGAUCUUGAAAGUACGGAAAGUACGAUCGAUACCCUGUACGGGCAGGUGACAAAGCCGAAGCCAAAAAUAGUUGGAGUGGAGCCGAAGAAGAUCCAUCCGAACGAUUCAUUGCGACGGUACACCAAACACAACACGGGACGCAGUACGAUCGAACGACUGUCAAUCAUCUCGAACCUGAAGUUGAGGCAAGAGUUCGGCACCGGGAACGACCCACCAUCUCCGGGGAAUCCGAUCAGCAGAAAGGACAAGGCACUGCAGGCGGUCGACAGUGAUUAUCAGUACAACUCACUGCCCGAUGCGGACGUCUGCAAGAUUCUCCGAAAUUCCGAGCGCAUCGAUGCGAAACUGAGACGCAUUGCCGAUAGCGAACACAACGGUGACGCGGCGAGUCGCAAACGUGAGUUUGACUCACUGCCACGCCUUAACAAAGCGAACCUCAACCUAACGCGACCUCCGUCCGACGAGGACACAUCGCUGGAGGAGUCGGAUAAGGGUGCUCCCUCGAUCGAGGUGGUCGAAACGCCCACGAAAGAGGUACAGGGCAAGGUAUACCUGCAGGAUCUCGGUGUAGAGCUUGACUACGAAAAUUCUGUCGUUGCUGGUAACAGUGAUCAGGAAAGUGACAUCACCAUCGUUGCACCGCAGGAAAAUUUGGAGAUACCGACACCGGCAAUCGUCGUGACACCGGCGGCAGAAGGAAAAUUGGCCCAUUCGUCUGUUAUCUACUCUACCUUUGCGAGCACCGUCGGCAAACAAACGACCAGUAAGAUCCACUUUGAAAGUAAGGAGCGUCAGAAGCCGGAACCGGACGCACUGCGUGAGGUGCGCACGAAGCUCAAGCCCAUUCCGGUACAGCCCAAGGUACCGUUGGCACUAGCACCCACCGUCAAGCUCGGCGGAAGGAAAGUGAUCGUUGAUGAAGUUGCCGCCAAGGCGGUACAACGUGAAAAGGAGUUAGAAAAGGUGCAAGUGCCGUUGGCAAAGACCGGCUCCGAACAGAUUGGUGCGAUCGUGCCAAAGAAACCGCAAUCCGACGUACAGAAGGAAGAGGCGUCCCCUAUCGGGAUACCGAUUGCGAACGCGAAAGCACCUGUCAACGAUCAGGCAGAUCUUCCACGGACGGAAGAAAAGCAGGGCAGUCCCAAGGUAGAUCAUUCAAGUCUGUUCAAGGAAACGAAUCCGUUCAAGGAACAGGCCCGUCGGGAAAUAAAGCAUCGCGUAAACGAUCGUCCACUGUUUAAAGGUGUGCGGCGCUUCAACAGCACCGAGAAUAUCUUCACCUCGACGCCGAUCAUCGUCACCAAGACCUUCAACAACUGCAUUAAAACGAACGAGGUGAAGACGAAAUCGUUCGACUCGUUGAUCGUGGAAAACAAUCAGUGCGAUACCGGUAACAAGGCAAAAAUGCCACGACCACAGGUGAUACAGAUAGUGGAUUCGAAGCAGCAGGCAUCAGCACCGCCGUCCGUUGCGAACGGUGCCGACACGAUGCGCAAGACAUCCAAGAACGGCCAACAGACGCAGCGCGAGUUCCUGCAUAAGGUGGACUCCGUGCGCAGCUACUGGUCGAAGAUGCUGGACGAGGUGGAACAGCUCGAAUCGGAGGGCGACGCCAUCCGGACGGAGGAAGCGUUGCUGAAUGCAAAAAACGAGCUGCUGACGAGCAGCGUAGCCGCGUCUGUGGCCGCUGCUCCGGUGGGCUCUACCGCGCCCUACCAGCAAUCGCUGUCAAAAAACGGUAACGCCGAGCGGAAGUCCAGCAUCGGCUCGGCGACAUCGGAAGCAUCGGACAGCUCCAGGAACACCGGUUCCACCAAGACGGCCUCGAGCGGCCAGCAGCGUCAGUCGGCGGCCGGCCGGAACAAGUACUCCACCUACCAGCUCGAACCGGAGGACGACGUGGAGGACGAGCUGCGCUUUCAGAGCUUCAGCCCGACGGUCGAGAUAAUCGAGCUGGACGGGCACAAGCAGGCCGCACUGGUGAAGCCGAAGAACGCGAAGGAGCUCGACUUCGACCACGUGCGCUACAAGGUGAUGAAGUCGGAGAUGUUUCAAAAAAACUUGCUGGUAAACCAUCGGAAAGCGGCUCAGUUCGAUGGUUUAAUGCAGUACCUACAGGAUUACAGCUUUCAGGAGCUGCUUGCUCACAACAACGUUGUAAUCAUCGAGCCGGUCCGCACGAAGAUCGAGAAAAUCUCGGAAAAGCCGCCCCAGGCACCGGCGGCCGUCUGUCGGAUCACGAACGGUGCGUUGGGGGCACCACCCGGUGGCAAACGUCCGGCCGGUGCGACGACCGCGUCCGGCAUCAAGAAGCACUUCUUCUACCAUCCGAUCCGGGUAAACAAGGAGCUGCUGGACGAGGAACUGCCCAGCCCGGACACGGUGCGCAAUGUGCGCAAAUUGUUCGAGGGCACAUUGCGGCUUGGAACGGCCGCCAAACAGGCAUACGAAGAAGCGAAGGCGAACGGAACGGCAGGCAUCCGCAAAUGGGACUCUGCCAGCCUGUCGAGCGGUGUAUCGUCCAGCGGUGACCUAAGCUCCCCGUGCGACUGUGGCGAGAAUGAGCCGGGCGCCGCUGGUACGGCGGUAGCAGCCAGCAUGGAAACGCACCUGGCCGGUGAGCUGGAGUCGCACUACGUCAGCCAGGACGUGCUGGAGAAGAUACGCGAGUGCGGUUCAACCGUCACCUACUACGGUGGCCGCGUGCUGGACAAGCGCACCGAGCACAUCAGCACGAUGACCCGCGCCAUUAUGCGGGAGAUACGCGGCCAGGAUCGGCAGUGUGGCGUGUGCCAACCGCACGGUUGCCUCCGGCACACCGUCGAUGAUGACGAGGAUGAUGUGGAGGUGGGCGAGGUGGACGAGGAGGAUGAACAGGACGAACACGGCGGGCAUGCACACGGUUGCCCCGGUAGUCUGCGGAGGCCGAUGUCUGGCGAACGGGAAGGUGGAUUAGGUGUUAAAUUCAAGCUGGUCAAAUCGAAUAGCUGUAGCAGCCGGCUAGAACUAGCCGGAACCGGCAAAACACCGCCGGAUCUACUGCGACCGAACGGACGCAUGCGCGGUCGUCAUAUCCUCCCGGAGGAAAACUCCACCCGCUGCACGGCCGAGGCGACAAUCGAGGAGCCGGAGGAGAGUGUACGAGAUAUGGUCAGUAGGCUGGAGAGUGGGAACGCUACGCUUACCGCACGCACCACCAACAAACCACGCAUCAUCGAGUCGCGAUGUAUUGAGAAGUACGAACCCGAACCGGCCAUCACGAUCAACAACCAGACGACGGCGGAAGGUGCGCUCGCUAGUGACCGGAAGUCGCCCAGCGGGCUGGAACCAGUCACCGUCAACAAUCACAUCAACGUUGUGCAACCGGUGCCACAGCCACCACCGAUUCCGGGUCCACUAGUGAUACCACCGCUACUGAGGGGAGGCCCAGCAAAAACGCUGCCGGUUUGUGAGAUACCAACGGCAACGGCAUCUCCCACGACCGUUGCCACCUCCAUGGAACGUCCGCCCAAAGUUUGCCGCAACAAAAAUGUGGAUCUUGCGUUUGCGGCCACCAUGAAGCAGCUGGUCGGCUUGAAUGGCAGCGGCACGGUAAGACAACCGUCCGCAGUCAAGAAGUCCCCAUCGCAGGCAUCGGUCACCAUGGAGUCGAACGACCAGCAGCAGUCACCACCGGAGAGUGCACCAACGAGUGCCGCUUCCGUGACCAAAACGGUCACCUUUAACUUCACCAACGGGUCGUCCGAAACGGCCACCAACGGGAGCGAGGAGUCGCACCAUACGAAUGGGGCGCCAACGCACACGGUGGACCACAGCGAGAAUCUGCGACCGAGCGCCAUUGCCGAGCAGCGUAAGGCGGACGAGCUGACGUCCCCGAAGCUGGUCAACUGGAGCAGUAUUGGACGGUUUGACGAGCGGCAGUACUUCGCCAACGACCGGAAGCUGAUCGAGAAGCGCAAAUACGACGACAUGGAGUUCGAGGAGUUUGAGGUGCUCGAUCCAAAUGCUCCCCCCUCUUCGGAGCAUUACGAUAGUCUCAACAGCAAGUAAAGGCACACGGGUCGGGAUAAGGCGAUAUUACACGCAAGUAUUUCAAAUCUCCAUGAAAAAAACGAAGCUCGAAAAACGUAACCAAAAAACAAAUGGAUGCCGAAGAUUCGAAAGCAAAAGCAAAUGCCACACCAGAUGCACACGUUUGGGCCAUGUAGUCAGUACGCUUAUUCUUAUCGCCGUAUUUCUAACAAAACUUAGCAUAACUGAACGAAAGAGGCAAGAGAGAGAGA